AUGGUCAAGUUAUCCACAAUUUUUUUCAUCCUCGCGGUCGUUGCAUCCGCUCAUGGCGCACAAUGGAAUAUUACAGUUGAGAGUGAAUCUUUAUUCUGCACGUUCCUUCCAAAUACUCCUCAUCAACUUAUCGGUGAUAGCGAAACUACUGCCAUCCCAUUCUGCACCACAGAAAGCCCCAAAGCAAAGGGUGCCAAAAUUUUCCCUACCGGAUUCAUCCAAAAUAAGAAAUUCAAGAGAGGAAAAGGUUUUGUUCAAGUCACUGGUAGCAUUGAUGGAACUAAAUACGAAUUGUUUGCAGAUGACGAAGGCGGCCAAUAUGAUGCUAAAGCUCCUCUACAUUCAACUUGUGUCGGGUACAAGUAUUUUGUGUCCUUAAUUGAGCCUAAAGAAAACCAAUUCUGUAUUCGUUGCUGUAAUAUUAAGUCAAAGUGCAGAACUGACAUUAGUGACCAAGGAUGCAAUGUUAUCGUCCCUCCUAAUGGUACAUAUCUUCAUAAUGCUUGA